UACGCAGUGCCGAGACAGUUUACGGAUCAAUGGGCCAACUCAACGAAUUCAAUGACAGGGAGGAGGAUGUGCGCGAGAGCCGGUUGAACUUCACGCCUAAUGCAGGGAAAGACGGAGCUGUGCCCAAAGCUGCUAAUAUUGCGGCCACAACACCCUCUGUCCCAGUACUUACUGCCGGCAAGAGUCAUGAGGAGAUGAGAAAACUCUUCAUCGACCGAGCCAAGAAGAUUGACACUGUGUCCCGUGCCGGAUUCCCACUGACCUUCCUGUUUUUCAAUAUUUUCUAUUGGAUUCUUUACAAAAUCCUACGCCAGGAGGACGUGCACAAGCCAUAG